CAAAAGCUAAUCAGAAGUGGUAUUAUAUUACAGCUGCUUCUAAUUACUGUUUACACACUCUUCAGGGACAUUCCAGUUCCAAAUCCGAUUCAGAACUCGGAAAUUGUGACUUCCGAGUACGAAUGGAACGCACCGUUCAUCCCACGGACCAGAUCAGACCAUCUGGCGGGCCGCGGGCCGCAUGUUUAUCACCCGUGACAUAACGCAAUGGUGGGGAGCAAGCUCUCACCCGAUGGGAAUCGGCUCUUCUGCUCCACUACUAUGGAUCGGCUCUUUUGCACAAGACACAUCCCUUAGCCAGUUGCCUUUCCUCCUGGUUGGCUCCUCUCAUGCGCAACGUAGUUAGCAAAGAGCGCAGAUAGCAAUGCGUUUUCCAUCUCUCAGUUGUCAUAUGUCUUCCUCGGCUGUCGACAUUAAAUGAACUUUAUGUGUCGCCCCGGAGCGGAAAACGUUGAGUCCGUCAUUGGCCAUUGGAUAGAAACUGUUAACGGAGCGGAAGCUUCUUUUCUCCGGGAAGCGGGGCUAACCUUAGCUUGGUAACCUUAGCACCGGAGUCCCUGUCGUCUCCUCUGGCCACGGAAAGGAGCAGCAGAGGGAGGCAGGAGAUAUGUGAGUGUGGGUUAGCAGCCUGGUUUGCGCAUCUAAUCUCGGCGGAUGAGUUUUAACGUGGGUGUGCAGGCAGCUUUUAAGGGGCUCCAUACACCAGCAGCUGUUGGGUACUUUCAGACCCUCCUGUCAGCUAUUCAACAGGUCGUAUCUUAGCCAAGGCAAAGAGUCUGAUUUAGGACGGUUUAUGUGCUCGCGUCACAUCACUGAAACUACCCGAGCAGAGUGGAACUGAGGAGUCCAGCCAGAACGUCGCCACCAUGUUGGAGGAGGACAUGGAAGUGGCCAUCAAAGUGGUCGUGGUCGGCAACGGAGCUGUUGGCAAGUCGAGUAUGAUCCAGCGUUACUGCAAAGGCAUUUUCACUAAGGACUACAAAAAGACCAUUGGAGUGGACUUUCUGGAAAGACAGAUACUAGUAAACGACGAAGACGUGCGACUAAUGCUGUGGGACACUGCUGGACAAGAGGAGUUUGACGCCAUUACCAAGGCGUACUACCGUGGUGCCCAGGCAUGCGUGCUGGUCUUCUCUACCACAGACAGGGAGUCAUUUCAGGCCAUUGACAGCUGGAGGGAGAAGGUGGAAGCCGAGGUCGGAGAUAUUCCCACCGUUCUGGUGCAAAACAAAAUUGACCUCCUUGAAGAGACUGUUAUAAAAAACGAGGAGGCAGAAGCUUUGGCUAAAAGGCUUAAGCUGAGAUUUUACCGUGCUUCAGUGAAAGAGGACCUCAAUGUUAACGAGGUGUUUAAGUACUUAGCUGAGAAAUAUCUUCAGAGACUCAAACAGCAAACAGCAGAGGAGACGGAGGUGGUUCACACAACAAGCAAUAAAAUAGGUGUUUUUAAUACCACGAGUAGUAACGUCUGCAACCAGAGCUCCAGCAACGGCAGAGAGGUCAUCACCCUGCGGCCUAACAAGCAGAGGACCAAGAAGAGUAAAAAUCCUUUUGGGAGCUGCAGCCUACUCUAGAGAAAAGCAUUUCAUUGUAGUGACUGAUUAUUAUUUCUAAUUGGUUGUCGUUGUGUUCCAUGGAGGUAGCCACAGUUAGAGACCAAAGCCCACACAGACUGGGAAACGCUACACUACACUAUACUACUUUAAUAACCCAAAGUUUAAUCUGUAUCUCAAGUUUAUUCUCUCACACCGAUGGUUUUACUUCCUUUGAUUAAGCCUCUGAGCACAAAUUAAUUCUUCGUAGACACUCGGCUUCUCGUUAUAGCUGCCUUAAGAAACAGCUCCAGCUACAGGAAGGUCUUCUCAUGAAUUUAAUGACGCCCCAAACGACUAAAGUUACAUCUUUGAGUGACUUAUUAAAUGUGAUAUAUAUAUAUAACAUGUAACAAGAAAGGCUGCACUCUGAAAACAUUUGUUCUUUCUACAGCCCUUAACCCCUGCGUUUGACACUUCAACUGACUAUAUGUCUGCACGUAUUGUGAAAGAUACACAGAUCAUUUUGUACCAUAUUUUUCUAGCUGUCAAUGGAAUAUGGUUCAAACUAUACCGUCUUAUUGCUCUCAGAUCCAGAGUUAAACCUCUGCGCAUUAAGUAUUUUUGUACGACGCACAACAGUGUUGGUUGGGUGAUAUUUUGUGCCAAAUUCCUUCUCUCUGGAUGUAACAUGGAAUUGAUAGAAUGUGCUCCCAUGUACAGUAUAACCAAAUAUCAAUAACCACUGACAUGUAAAUAGUCCUUUCCGUGUCUUCUUGCACUCUGUUUACUUCGCAGAUUCCUUCUUUGUUUUUUUUUUAAGAGACUAGUUAAAUUAACUCUGCUCUUAAAAUUAGUAAAAGUAAUGUUUUUUGAUUGUUUACAUUUUCCAUAUGUAACCAUUUGUUUACUUUGCUACGUCUUUGCCAGCUCAUUGGUUAACCUCAGAGUAAAGAUACACUACCUACUCCUUUAGAGUCCUCUAUAUUUUCAACUUUUAUGAAAAAUGGUACAAAAAUCUGCUCUUUACUUUCUUUUGGCUCGGCUUGUGAAAUGUAUGUUAUCAGUUUCUACUCUUAAAACGUCAUUCUGCUCUUUCUUUUGAUCAGAGAGAGUGGGAGAAUUGAAGGAGUUUCCAAGCUUGUUGCUCUAAUGUGCCGUUUGUACGGAGGCUUGUAUGUGCCUGAAUAUGCAAGACAAAAUAUGUUUUUUGUUGUUUUUUUUUUGCCUCGUCUGAUUCAAGCCUUUUUAUUUUUUUCCCAAAACUUAUGAGCUGGAGGACAGUGGUUUACCAAGCACAAAGAAACAUGGCGAGGUAAAAUAAAUCUCCUUUUUGAGAUUAUUAAAUAUAAUGAGUAUUUUAUAUGGAAUUAGAAAACGUUUGGGAAUACAUGUGCAUGCAUGGUUUUGUUGUUAAAAAAAAAAAAUCUGAUCUGAUCUGAUGGGACUAAAUUCAUUAUUUCAUUUUUUCUGUUAAAGCUGUUCCCAAAAGGUGCUUUAAAUCUUCCACCAUUGGUACUAAGAUUGUGUCACAUUUCAAGCUUUCUCAUUUCGUUGUAUGGAAACAAAAAAGAGCAAAGAAAAACAUAGAAGUGGUGUAACUGUAACACAUGCAAGCCUUUUUUUUUUUCUUUCCACAUCAGUGAAUGUUCAGCCGCGGCCUCAGUGCCGUCUAUGUUUACAUUCUCCCUCGGUGACAACUGGUAAGCAUUCAGAUCCCUACUCUUGCCAAUUGUCUAAAAUUGGCUGCACGGUAAAUCUGUAAAUAAUUAAUUCUCCAGCAUUCUCUUGUUUGUAACAGUGUGUUCACUUUGCCUUUUUUUUUUGUUUCAUUUUUUGACUGAAUGGAUUUAGCGCACUUUAUCAUUAAGACGACAUGUAAUCUUGAAGAAUCUCUAAGUUAAAAACUAACCAUACUCACAAGUGCUGUCACUCAGGUGUAAUCACGUUUCUGUCUUACUCUUGUUUUUCUCGUUUCAUAAUUCGGUUUUAUUGGAUUAUUAGACAAACGACAGCUUUCAGUAUGACAAGAAUGACACUUGCCGUUUUUACACGUACAAAUGUGUCGCGACCUAAAGUGGCACAAAGCUGUGCACGUGAUGUUACGUUUGGGAGGCAGUGUUCAGUGGCAGUCUCACAUAAAUAAAACUUUACCUUUUA